AUGUCGGUAGCGCAUCCAACUUCAUUUAGCCGUCUUUGCAGGCCCUCACUGUGUACGUUCACCCCUCACCGCUACUCGCGCUCUCCACUUCCACUUCCGGCUCUGACUCUUUCUUUCUUCAAAUGGGUGAGUGCUACCGCUUCGAUCCUCUGGCAGGACCAUAACGCUUUCGCAGGAAUAAGACUCAAGUUUCUACGCCGGGGCGAGCGUGACGACCUUCCGUCCGAACAGGACGUGCUCGCAAACCUCAUUACGCCGUUUCAGGGCCUGCUUGACCCCGUUUCCGCUCCCGCUCCCGCCGCCAAUCCGCCUCUCGCCAACAAUCCAACUUACUCCGCCAUCCCACCUCCCAUCGCCAACCCCAUCCCUGCCGCCGCAUCCGGCCUUGCAGGCCCUCAUGAGCUACCUCAUAUGGGGAGGGGUGACUUCAGCACAGGCUCACGUCCCAACACGCCUCCCCCGGUGUACGAGGAGACGGCCCCGCCGUCCUAUGAGGACAGUGUCCGCCGGCCACAGCGUUCCUCCCACCGCGCCCCUGGCCCGCCAAGCGCGCCGGUCGCAGCGACCGCGCCCCUUCCGCCGCCUCUGAGGCUGCACUCCGUGCUUCCCGCACGGUCCACGGCAACGCCGUCAUCACGCCCUCUCCCUUCAUGUCCACCCGCUGCGAGUCCUGAAGAUCCGGCGCCGCGUCCGCCCUCACCCCGGUCCUCGUCCCCACUACCAUCCACGCGCUCGCCAUUGUCCUCAUCGCUUUCUCCGCGCUCGUCUCUGCUUCGUCGGCCCCAUAUCCGUCGGCUUCCAAUGCCGCAACCUUUGCCAUAG